AUGGGCGACGACGAGUCGUGGACCACGUCGGUCUCGAAAAUCUUCGAGGUCAAGGCCAUCCCCGAAGAGGCCAUUGCCAACCCGCACCACGUCACCACCAAGAGCGGCAAGCUCACCGGCUUCAAGAACCCGUACCCGUCCUGGUACAACCUCAACGAGCCCUCGCGCAUGUUCCACGAACUCAUCUGGCCCAUGAUCACCGGCAAGCUCUCCACGCCCGACACCACCCCGCCGACCGUCAACGUCGUCAAGCCCCGGUUCCUCGCGCACCGCUUCGCCUCGCCCAAGCUGCGCGCCACCUGGCUCGGCCACGCCUGCUACUACGUCGAGUUCCCCUCGGGCCUGCGCGUGCUGUUUGACCCCGUCUUCGAGGACCGCUGCUCGCCUUUUUCCUUUCUCGGCCCGCGCCGCUACACGCCCAAGCCCUGCGACCUCGGCGACCUGCCCGUCGUCGACGCCGUCGUCAUCAGCCACUCCCACUACGACCACCUCUCGCACGCUUCGGUGCUCGAGAUUCAAAAGCACCAGCCCGAGGCCCAGUUCUUCGUCGGGCUCGGCCUCGAGGCGUGGUUUCGCCGCAGCGGCCUGCGUAAGGUCACCGAGCUGGACUGGUGGCACGACGCUGAGCUGACGGUGAAUAAAGUCGGCGCGAGCAGCAGCGGCAGCGGCAGCAGCAGCGGCGUCGACCGCGGCGACGGAGGAGGAAAUAAUAAUCAUGAUGCCGGCACGAAUACAAUCACCGCCCGCAUCUCCUGCCUCCCCUGCCAGCACACCUCGGCGCGCACGCUCCUCGACAAGGACACGACGCUGUGGUGCUCGUGGGCCGUGUCCUCUGGCGGCCGCUCCGUCUGGUUCGGCGGCGACACGGGCUACCGCGGCAUCCCGCGGGGCCUGCCCGCCGGCACCGACGACUACGGCCCGGAGCACGCCGCGCUGCCGCGGUGCCCGCAGUUUCGCCAGAUUGGCGACCUGCGCGGGCCCUUUGACCUCGGCCUCAUCCCCAUUGGCGCCUACUUCCCCCGCGCCGCCUUUUCCGCCAUGCACGCCAACCCGUUUGACUCGGUCGAGAUAUUCAAGGACACGCGCUGCAAGCAGGCCAUGGGCAUCCACUGGGGCACCUGGGCGCUGACCAUGGAGGACGUGCUCGAGCCGCCCCGGCUGCUGCGGAGGGCGCUGGGCCGCAGCGGCAUCGCCGAGGAGGGCGUCUUUGACGUCUGUGAUAUUGGCGAGAGUCGUGAGUUUUGA